AUGUUGAUAGCUGCUCAUUUAGUUUUUGGUGAAGAAAAAUAUUUGGAGGCAGCCAAACGUUGUGGAAAUUUAAUAUGGAAAAAAGGAAUUCUUGCUAAAGGUCCAGGAAUUUGUCAUGGAAUAGCUGGGAGUGGAUAUGGACUUCUAUUGUUAUAUAGAUUUACAAGAGAAGAAGAAUGGUUAAAUAAGGCAAAAACUUUUGGGUUUAUAAUGUUGAGUAAGAGUUUUAAGAAAGAAGCAAGAAUUCCAGAUCGUCCAUGGAGUUUAUUUGAAGGAUGGUCAGGCGCUUUAUGUUUUUUGGUUGAUUUAUUAGAACCUUUAAAAGCACAAUUUCCAAUGAUUCCAAUAUUGUUUGAUGAUUGA